CCAGUUCCACGUCAUCACGUCACUCGAACAAGUCCUCGACGCAUAAUACGGCACCGACCGCAAGCGCGACGUCACUCGCGGCAGCCGGCUCCGCCGUAGCUCCUCCCCCUCCACCCCAGCAGAAAAAGCCUCAGAAGUCGCGCUAUACGUCCUUUUACGAGAAAAAACGAGUAAACAUGAUUGAGGAUCUGGCUGAGAUACGAAGGCACAAGGAAGAGGCGAUGAAUAUGCCGCUCAAACGCAGGAUGGAGAAACUUGGGCAUUUUAAUUCGUGUAAAUUCCCCGAAUGCGAAUGCCGGAGCUAUAGACCGUUCCCCAAGCAGCCGCCUGGACCGCCGACCCAGCAGCCGGAGUUGCACUUGGACGAGAUGUGCAAGCACUGCAAUCAUUCGAUCCAUAACCAUGUUCACCAUCUCCAGAAACUCCCGGAGGAGGAGCAACGGAAACUCUUGAGUAUCGCCAUAGACGCCGAACACAUCUACACAUGCGUCCGCAACGAAAGAGAUCCGGACUCGAAAGACUUGUACCAGAUCCUGUUGAGAGCGAUGCGGAACCGACUCUCGCUGCGUCACCGGGAAUAUAAAUUCGAUGACUUCUUCGACAGUCCACCGUUCGAGAAGCCAUCCCUUCGUAAAGCGAUGAACAACAUCAUCAUAACCCGAUUCGGGCAUCUCUCUCGCGGUGAGAGCAAAGUGUGGCGAGAAGCCGCGAAUUGGAUCCUCCACCUAAUCAACAAAUGGGUUCCCGAAACACCAAGGACGCGUGCCAAACGAACACUCGCCGAAAAAGGCGACAACGACGACGCUCAAUGCAAACAGAACUACAAGCUGGCCUAUCAGAGAUGGCUGCUUUUCUGUCACGUUCCGCAUUUUUGUGAUUCCCUCAAAGCCCACAACCUCGUUGACAUUUUCGGUCAGCGCUUCAUGCAGCAAAUUUUCUACGUGGUCCGGCGCCAGCUCACCGAUAAACUCGAGUCGGGGGAGUUGGGAGUCGAAAUCCAACCGGCUGAGAAGCGGAAAGAGAUAAUCGCGCACAUGCUGAAGCUCAUUCCGAUUUUCGACGUGGAGCUGCACGCAUUCACAUCCGUGUGUUGGGAUCCGGACUUCGGCAGCCACAGAGAACAAGCCUCAACGGAAAAGGGCGGUCCCAGUUCGAGGUCACGCAAGAGAACUUCAACUUCGGAGAAAGUGACUUCCAAACGAGGAGUCGCCGGCGAGAAGCGAACCGGCUGCGAUAUGAAACCGCCAUUCUUGAAGCGACGUCAUCUCGAAGGCGACAUCGACGCUGAGCUCGUGCGGAAGACGAACGACGAACUCGAUCAUGUUUACGGUCCGGCGUUGGACGAAAUCGCUCCAGGUGACGUUCCUCGGCAAGAGGAACGCCAAGGGGUGAUCCAAUUGCAUAUGGUUGGCAACACGGUCUCACCUCCUACCGACGAGCAGACCCUCGAGUAUUUGAUCGCCUUGAAGCAGGUGUUUUCGUACCAGCUCCCCAAAAUGCCAAAAGAGUACAUCACGAGAUUGAUUUUCGAUACGAAACACCGAACGCUCGCUCUGGUCAAGAACAAACGAGUCAUCGGGGGCAUUUGUUUCCGGCCUUUCCCCAUGCAAGGUUUCACAGAAAUCGUCUUCUGCGCCGUCAUGGGUGACGAACAGGUGAAAGGCUACGGCACGUAUCUCAUGAACAAUUUGAAAGACUACAACAUGAAGCAUAACAUCUACUAUUUCCUGACGUACGCCGAUGAGUUCGCCAUCGGUUAUUUCCGUAAGCAAGGCUUCUCCCAAGACAUCGCCUUCCCGAGGCACAGAUUCGCCGGCUACAUCAAAGACUACGAGGGCGCCAUUUUGAUGGGCUGUCCUCUGGACCCCAGGAUCGCGUACAGUCAGUCGAGUGAUAUUAUUCGCCGGCAGAAACUCCUGGUCGCCGCCCUGAUAGCGAAACAGCAGCGAAAACCGAAAAGCUUCCCAGGAUUGACAUGUUUCAAAGAGGGCGUCCGCUUCACGCCUCCAGAACAAAUCCCCGGAGUCGCCGAAACCGGUUGGAAACUGCCGCCGGCCGUAGCUCAGCAAACUCAUCAGGAUCAUCUGCUGCGUCAAAUUCUCACCUCUAUGCGGAAUUACACCCCGGCGAAAUGCUUUGUUGAGCCUGUCGACGAAGCCUAUGCCCCCGGUUACUACGAUCACAUUAAGUUUCCUAUGGAUUUCAGCACGAUGAGCCAACGCCUCAAAAACAAGUUCUACACCCACCAGAGAUUGUUCUUCGCGGACAUGAUCCGAAUUUUCGAGAACUGUCGGAUUUUCAACGAACCCGACUCGGAGUUCGUCAGGUACGCCAACGUAUCCCAACGGCAAUUUCUGGCCAAGUGGAAAGAGCUUGGGUUUGCGGUGCCCGAUUGCUCCGUCAUCAACGAGUGA